UACUCGAGCGGCCAUCAUGGAGGUAUCGACGUUGGACGUUUAUUUAAUGACAGAUAUUGUCAAAAGGGCGUUGUUUCGCUUUCUCGAUUUAUGGAAAUCCGAAAAUGGUAAAUUAAAAAAAUCCAAAUAUAUUCAUAUGGAUGUUAAAAUGUCGAAGGAACAUGGCGGACACUAUUCGAUCCAAUUGACCAACUAUGGAUACUGCGAUAAUAAUCAAUCAAAUAUUUUAAAUAUUUUACGAUACAUAUUUAACAAUUUAAUUUCAAUGAAAUGUUAUAAAAAUAUUCUCGCUAUGAUUUAUUUGAAAGACGAACAAAAUGAUUUCGAGAUAGUAUACGAUUUACAUUACCCGCCAAAGAAACCUUUGUGUCUCGUUAAAAAUGAAGAGAAGAAACAUAUCGAUUUGGUUUCCUGUAGAAAAUAUUUAUCGAUUAUAUUGUCGUACAAGCUGACGGCGAGCGACGUUGAGAAAUUCAAGGCCACCGUAUUGGAACUAAUCACUUCUCUUUGCCGAAUAAAUCCCACCGUUAAAGUAACAUACCGUAAAGAUAAAAAAAUGCUACACAAUAAUCACGUGCCUCUCGACGACGAGUAUAAGGCUUGCCAAAUAUUGAGCACCGCCGUGACGGAUAUAGUACGGCAAAGUUUGGACAGCGAAUUCAAAGAGAAGUCUUUUGCUUUGUUGAAAACGGAAAAUCCUGGACAGUUGAGAGAUUUGCUCAUGACCCAAUUGUUACCUUUAAUUCACGAGAAUUACAUCUUUUCUACCAAACAAGAGGAAGAGUAGACUGUUAACGAGUAUCAUUUCUUAUGAAUAACAAAGAAGUAAAUUAAUAUGUACCAAGAAUAUUAAGUAGUUUAAUGAUCUGAAUAAUGCAUCAUCCCCCGUGAAGAAAACGCGUCAGAAUACAGUCCGGUGCUGGUCGUUGUACUGACUCAUUACAUUCCUCGGAAGCGACAUUAGGAAGCCUCUAGACUAAUGGGUUAAAUGAAUUCAACGGGAGAACGAGAGAGAGAGAUAGAGUGAGAGAGAGAGAGAGAGAGAGAGAGAGAGAGAGAGAGAGAGAGUAAGAAGACUUCUGUACUUAACUUGGUCUCCCCAUUGUUUUCCUACGAGAAAUGCAAAUUUCCUAGGAAGAAGCAUCUAAACUCGGCUUUGAAUUUGAAGGACCCUUUUGUAGAAAGGUUAUCGACGUGCCGUUAUUACGAUAACAUAAUCGAGUGUUACGAAGUAUAGUCUUAUCGAAUGUUCCACCAAAGUUUCUCGGGUCUUCUUCGUCCCUUUUUCCUUCAAACAUUAUCUACGCUUCGAUCUAAUUGUUUGAGAUAAAUUACUACUCUUUUAUGAUUUCUCAUCGUUGAUCAUUCGACCCUGUUAUCAUCUUCGUCAAUCAUUCAUUUCCCAUACUAAUAAUUAACAUCUCCGUUGCAUCGAAAUAUUAUCCGAAAACGCGUAAUUUUUAAUUCAAAUAAAAAUUAUC